AUGCACUGACAUUGUUUCCGGGAGGACCAGAAGUCGGGGCUGCACCGAUGACGUUCUUCCUGCCGGCAGCCAUUUUGGGGAAGCCCAGUAUAAAAGAAACCCUGCACAGCGACCUCUUCAGUCUGCACAGAGAGCCGGAGAGUACAGACAUGGAGGAGAGCAGCAUUCCUCGGCAAGAUGGCACCGGAGCAACGGAAAGUUGUGGCGGUCGCAGCCCAACUGUUCCAGAACCUCACCGACUGUCUGCAGCGGUUGUCGCUGGAUGAAGAGGGGGCCUGCAAUCUUCCCCCACUGCCCGACGAUGACUGGCCUGACACACCUCCAGGAAAAGGCGCUGGGACACCUGGAGGUGCAUCACCGGUGAGACUGUCCCCUCCCCAUAGGACCUGGGGCUCAUGGGCUGAGAUCCCGUCGGAGGAGUCAUCAGUAUGCGCUGCCACUCUAUCUGUAUGCCGGACGUCAUAUCUUAUCUCCAGGCUGUUAUUAUGCAGGUACCUGUGUAUAAAUACCUCCCUGCUACUAUUCUAUAACCAUCCUCUACAGUACAGAGAGCUUUACAUCAUGUCAGGAGUCACCUCUAAGAUGGCCGCUAUCGGAUCCGUCAACAACCCGGUAAAAUAUGCCGAUCAGGACUUUGAGAAACUGAAGGCAGAACAUUUGGCAUCGGGCACUUUAUUUGAAGAUCCAGAAUUUCCUGCUGCCCAGUCCUCCAUGGGCAAAGCAACCAUGGGGCCACAAUCUAAAAUGGCGCAGGGGCUAGAAUGGAAGAGACCCACGGAAAUAAGUAAGAACCCUGAAUUUAUCGUAGCCGGAGCAGAACGUGAAGAUAUCUGCCAAGGGGAACUAUCAGACUGCUGGUUCCUCUCCUCCAUCGCAUGUCUCACAAUGAAUAAAGAAUGCCUGUAUCGUGUAGUUCCCCAGGACCAAUCCUUUAAGAAGGACUAUGUUGGGAUCUUCCAUUUCAUGUUUUGGCAGUACGGAGAAUGGGUGGACGUGGUCAUCGAUGACCGGCUGCCUACCAAGAAUAACAAGCUCCUUUUUGUAAAGUCCGAAACAACUAAGGAAUUCUGGACCACCCUCCUGGAAAAAGCCUAUGCCAAGCUCAAUGGAUCAUAUGAAGGCCUUAAUGUGGGUUUUCCUGCGGAGUCACUGCAGGAUUUCACUGGUGGAGUUGGUGAAGACUAUUUACUGCGGUCUGCUCCAGCAGAUUUGUUCAAAAAAAUCCAAAAUGCUCUAGAGGAUCACAGCCUGGUUUGCUGUAACACAGUUGAAGACCCAGAUGAUGACGGUCUUGUUAAAAGUCAUGCCUACUCCAUAAUCAGAGCAGAGGAGGUCACUUUAAAGGACGGAAGUACAGUCCAGCUCAUCCGAUUGAGGAAUCCCUGGGGUUUUCAAGAAUGGACAGGAGCCUGGAGUGAUGGUUCUGAUGAGUGGAAAAAUGUGGAUGAAAAUAUAAGAGCCAAACUCCGUGUUCAGAAGGACGAAGGAGAGUACUGGAUACCCUUCCCUGACUUUCUGAAAGAGUUUAAAAGAGUAUACAUCUGUGACAUCAGCCUGAGUGAGACGUUCUCUGGUGACAACUUUAAGUGGCUCCUGACUGAAUUUCAUGGGAGCUGGAAAAAGGGACAAUCUUCUGGAGGAAAGCUCGCUUUGGACACAUUUUGGAUGAACCCUCAGUUCCGGAUCACAGUGGCGGCUGAAGGCGGUGAUACCAGCAAAGAGUGUCCUAUCAUCGUGUGCCUAUCACAGAAGGACAGAAGAAGGAAGACUCUUGAGGGUGUAAAAGAACCAUUUCUUGAAAUUGGCUUCUAUAUAUUUAAGGUUAACCCUGGGGAUACAAUUCCGCUGCAGAAGGAGUUCUUCAAGAACAAUUCCCCUGUAGCCUGUGUGGAUGGUUUCCGUCGUUACCUCCGGGAUGGAACAGGUCGAUUUCAGCUUCUUCCAGGGGAUUACGUCAUUGUGGCAGCAACUUCUAAAGAAUCUGAUGAAGCCGAUUUUUACCUCCGUGUCUACAGCAAAAAACUAGCUAAACCAUAGUUCCCUCCCGUUGCUAAACCAGGUGGCAUCUCUGAAGGACUCUAUUAUGCUCUAUAUGGCUUCACUUGUUAGAGAAUGUUCUAGAAUCUUCCUCCAUUUGUAUUUCAGUAUCAUUCUUAUCCAUCAUCAGAAGCUGUUUGAUAAUAUCUUUGAUCUCAUGCAGAGUUAGUUUUUCUUGUUACAUCCAAUGUCCUAAUAAACAUUUCUUUAC